GUCGGGGCUUUGCAGCAUCGGGACGAAUGACGGCUGAGUUAGAGGAAGUUAGCCCGGAGCAGCGCUGCUAGUAUGUAACCUUACACGAUUUGGGGGGAAAUCGUCGCAGUGGGAGAGAGGAAGGUCGUGGCAUUCAUGGACAUGGUGGACACCUUUAACCAUCUAAUACCCAGUGACCAGUUGGAUGACUCCCUGAUAAUCGGGCAGAAUUUGGAUUGUGAAGCCAGUAAUGAGUUCGGGACAGCAGGAGCCAGACUGGAGGACUCGCUGAAGAAUAUGCUGAGUGACAAAGAUCCCAUGUUUGGAUGUGCAAGCACCCAGUUCAAUCUGCUGGAUAAUGAAGACCCUGCCUUUCCGAUCGCUGCCUCGGCAACUCCUGACAGUGGUUCAGUCUCUGCAGACCAAACUCCUGAAUUGACCGUUGAAGAGACGACACCAGUGACGCGAUCUUCUGGCAGGCUAAAGAAGCGUCCUCUUGAUUCAGAACGCGAACUUAGAGAUCGACAGCCUAAAGCCAGAGGAGGACCCAGACGUAAACCAGCCAACAGGCUCAGCAAAACCUUUCUGAUCGAGAAAGGAGUUGAAGGAUCGCAGCUGAGGGAAGAACUCACUUUGGGAGGGCGUAUUAACAUUAAUGAUUUUGACUGUGGAUCGUGGCUGAAUCCGACGGUUGUAUUGAGACGCUUGACGGUCACAAUCGGAGGAUUCAGGAUUGAGUUGCUUCCAGGACCUUCGUACACGCAGAGUGUGGCUACAAACGAGUCAGUUUGCUUAGGGGACGGGUUUUCGUACGGUGGAGGCAUCGGUUUUGCUAUUUUGCCAGACGACUGUGUCAGUGUAGAGAAUCCCGUGUCGGAGGCGGGUGCGAUUGAAAAGAACUCUGCAGACGAUGCAACCCUUGGACCUUAUGUGAAUCCUAACGAUGUACAGACCUCCAACAGGACACCCGUAGAGAGCCCCUGCACACAAAAGUCAAAACUUGACAAUCACAGUGGAGCCGAGAAGCGAAACCGUGCGACUGAAGGAAAAAACGGUUUCAAAGGGAGUCGUGACGACAGCACAUCUACUGUAAGCAAUAAGGCUGAUAGCAAGGACAAGCCUCAGACGGUAGCCAAAACACUGCUCAAGUCAAAGCAGGGACUGACAUUGAAUAAGAACAAGAACUCUUCCCACUGUGAAACAAACAUCGCGAAGGAGCAGAAACAGUCCCAGAACACGCCAUCCAAAGUCGUCCAAAGAGGAAACAUUCACAAAAUGAAACCUGUAAAGGAAAAACCAGACAUUUCGCCCAUGAAAAGGCCUGCAGAGAACCCCCAAAGUGAGCUCGCUCCGAAAGUGCAGAAGACACAGGGUCCAGGACAAAACAAAAUCAAGCCAAAAUCACCAAGUGCAGCUAACUCCGUGCCCAAGAAGAGCCCAUUAGCGAGCCACCGCGCUGGUGAUCAUCAGGGACCACAGAAGCAUCCUCAUCCCCACAACAGCUCUAAAGUUGAGACCACUCACCUGGCGCACAGCCACCCCAGCAAUUCUGUCAAAACACCGGAGGAAGCAGGGCAGGAAAAGUCCAAAGUCAAAAAGCCAGAAAAGCUUCUUCAAAGGCAGAAAAGUAAGAAUGCGAGGAGCAUCUCUGUGGAGGAGCCGCAGCUGUUUAUUCCAGACAACGCUCCCGUGGUGAAGAAAGACCCUGCCGAGGAGCUGGCCGCCAACACCGACUCGGCAUGGGAUGGAAACAACUGCUGUGGUCUGUGCAAGAAACACCACAAUAACAUGUUCAUGGUGGGCUGCGGUCGCUGCGACGACUGGUUCCACGGCGACUGCGUCGGUCUCGACCUGACUAAAGUGCGCGAGAUGGAGGAGGAGGACCAGAUGUACGUGUGCCUGAAGUGCUGCGAGGAGGAAAGCAAGAAGGUGGAGCCCGAGCCGCCGAGCGCCCCCAAGCCAGAAGUGCCGGCAAAGCCCGAGGUCCCGGACCACAAGCCGCCCUCGCACCCUCGCCCUGGACCGUCCCAGAAUGUCACAUCCGGGGGAGUCAGGCCGUUCAGGAAGGAUCCGGACAGAAGGCAUUCCACAGAUGGAAGAGAAACCUCUCAUAAAACAGGUCUUCAUCACAAACACGAGACGAAGAGUAAAACAUCCUCAGCUUCAAAGAAACCUGUGUCUGUGGAGGCGAUCAGGAGGAACGUGCGCGAUUCUCUCAAAGAAAUUCUGACACAAAGGCUGAAAGAGUCUGAUUUGAACAUCUCAGUGGACAGAGCCACAGAAGUGGCCAAGAAGACGGAGAAAGAGCUUUUUCAUUUGUAUAAAGACACCGACAACAAAUACAAGAACAAGUACCGAAGCCUGAUGUUUAACCUGAAGGACACUAAAAAUAAUGUUCUCUUCAAGAGGGUUCUUAAAGGUGAAAUUUCUCCGGCUAACCUCAUUCGAAUGAGCCCCGAGGAGCUGGCAUCAAAAGAACUGGCUGCCUGGCGCCAAAGAGAAAACCGACACACAAUCGAGAUGAUUGAAAAAGAGCAAAGAGAGGUGGAAAGACGACCAAUCACAAAAAUCACACACAAAGGUGAAAUUGAAAUUGAAAGCCAGGAACCAGUGAAAACAUCGGAGCCAAUAGAGCUUGAGCCUCCUCCCAAAGUUUCAGAAGUCCCACUAGAAUCUCCCAAAACCCCGGACAAGAAAGCAGAGAACGACAAGACAGAGAAAGACACGACCAGUCAACACAAGUCUCAUUUAUUUGACCUGCACUGCAAAAUCUGCACAGGUCGUAUGGCGCCCCCUGUGGAAGAGGCAACAACUAAAGUGAUCAAAGUCGCCACAACGGUGGUUCGGAGGCAGUCGACCAAAACAGACGAGCCGAAGAGCUCGACGGCGCCGGCGGCCGACGAGGACCUGCACCUCACCGUGCUGGAGGAAAGCUUCCGAAACGCCCACUCGUCCUACGACGGAAGAUCGGAUCACACCACCGGAAGAAGCGAAGAGGUGGUUUUCCUAACUGGCCUCAAGUCCCUGUGGCGAGGAUUCAUUCAUAUGCACGCUGUGGCAAAGCUGGUCACAAAAGCUUUUCCUGUCUCCGGCAUUUUGGACAGCCUGACCGAGGACCUUCCAGACAGCAUCCAAGUUGGUGGGAGGAUCAGUCCUCAGACAGUGUGGGACUACUUGGAGAAGAUUCGAGCCACUGGAACAAAAGAAGUGUGCCUGAUUCGCUUCACCCCUGAGACGGAGGAAGAUGAGAUCUCAUACACGCUGCUGUAUGCGUACUUCAGCAGCCGUAAGCGUUUCGGGGUGGUGUCCAAUAACCUCAAACAAGUGAAGGACAUGUAUCUGAUUCCUUUGGGCGCCACAGAAAAAGUUCCUCAUCAGCUCGUUCCCUUCGAUGGGCCAGGAUUAGAAAACAACCGUGCCAACCUUCUCCUUGGGCUCAUCAUUCGCCAGAGACCCAAAAGGGAUUUCCUGACUGUGGAUGUGAAUGAAUCUGCGAGGAGCAUCCCUGAUAUCAAGCCCAUCAUCAUCCCUCCGAAAGAAACCAGAAAAACGGAGGAAGAUGAGAAGCUAUUCCUUUCUUCUUUAACUGUUCCGCACAAAAAGGAGAAGGAGAAAACACUUGACACUACUGAAGAAGCUGAUGAACCAGUCGCGGAGUCUCUUGAAGGACCGUCUGCGCCAGAGAACAGUCAGGAGGCCCAGAAGCCGCUCCGCUUUCUUCCCGGCGUGUUGGUGGGCUGGGGCGGGGAGUUGCCACCUCUGCCAGAUGUCGGAGGUAAAUCUGGAGCGACCGCGAGCGACACCGAGAAGAACCAACCUGCGCCGAAAACAGAAGCGCCGACUGGAAACGCUAAAAGUCCAACAGCUGCUGCCCCGCGAGAGCGCUUUGUCAUCAAGAAGAAAGAAGCCAAACCCGUUAAAACGGAGUCGGAGCUCCCCGGACCGGCCGACACAUCUGCCGCUAACAACUCAUCGGGAAAAGACGGCGCGGCGGUGAAUUACGGCGCCUCGGUCUCGCUGAAAGACAAGCCUCCAGAUGUGUCGACUGAUGCGUUCUUGGCAAGCUUGUCAACAGGCGGGACAGAAACGAGCGUCGCCGGCGGCACCAACAAAGGGGACGCCGGCCUUUUGUCCGAGACGGAAAAAGGGACGACUGAAGGCAGUUCCUCCUCGCAGUCGGAACCCCAGGCUGCCUCAGAUCCCGCAAGCAGCUCCAAACCUCCGUUAAGUGGAAUAUUGAAGAAGUCCUCAGCAUAUUCCACUGCGACUGAAGACAAAACGACGGCGCCACAGCAGCAGAGAGCCAGCCCUCCUGAUCCGUCGGCUCCGAAACCCGUGCCUCUGCUGAGCAGCAAAAGGAACGAUCUGAUCGUGCCAUUUCAUCAAGGAUAUUUACAGCUCGCCGCUCAGGCCAAACACAAGCCAGAGGAGCAGAAUCGAACUACUGUUCAGUCUCCGCCCGGUAAAACGGAAGAUCCUGGCCUGGCUCAGCCCGCUGCUGAGGUAAAGGAGGCACCGUGUCCGACAGCAGACGACGAGCCCAAAGCAGCGUCAAACACACAAGCGUCUGAACCGGAGCAGGACUUGGUAACGACACCAACUCCCCCAGCAUCGAACAGCACGCCGCCUUUCCCCUCCCAGCAGCAGCAGCAGCAGCAGUCUCAGGUACCUGGCAGCUACGAUUACCCCGUCGCUCCUGCUCCUGACGAGUUCUCCUCCCCACACACCCAGGUUGUGAAUCACAAUGAGCAGUGGGCUCAGGACAGCGCCUCCCAGGCUCCCUCCACUCCCCCGUCGCAGUACUCGGAGAGUUUCUCAGCCUCGUUCCACGCCAAGCGGCCCGAGGAGCGAUACAGCGACCCGUGGGAGAGGCCGCGGAACACGGAGGACAAGGAUCACCACGGGCGGCACAGGGACUCCCACCACGGGAAGAAAAGCCGGCACCACGACCGGGAGCGCGAGAAGAAGCACGAGCACAGGGACAGGAGCAGGCACCACGGACACUCGGACGACCGCCACGCCGAGAAGAGGAGAGAGAGGCACCACAGCGACGACCACAGCAGCCGACACAAGGACCGGCACCGACACAGACGGGACUCCGACUAUGAGAACGGACGAAGAGGUUCAAAAGACAGCUACUCAUAACUUUUUAAUUUAAUUUUUUUUUUUUUUUUUAAAUCCCACACGUGAGCGUUUUCAGCUCCCUGUAAGACUUGUCGGUUCACUCGCCUGGUAAAAAUCACUUUCUGGUGGUUUACUCGAUGUUUCAUCUGUAAACCUUCUGUUUCAUGUUACAGGCCAAAAUGGUAAUUUUCAGUACAGCUUUGAGUAUCAUCCUAGAUACUUUUUACUCAGACCAAGAAAAGUCAAAUAUUGGGUCAUUUUAAACUUUUUUUUUUUUUUAAUGUAUUAUCUUAUUCAUACGGAGAACAAAUGAUCAGCUAACGUUUUCGUUCUCGAGCUAAAUUGCAGCGCAGAUGUGGACCAGUCGGUGAAGGAUUUCCGUUGAGCUCAGACUGAGUGUGAGAGAUGUAUUUAACUGAGGAAAGAGAUCUAAAAACAAAAAGCAGCUUUGUCUUUAUUUCUGAUUAAAAGAAUUUUAAAUGCUUGUUUUAUAAACCGACUUUCUAUUGAGUAUGUACAUUUUGGCUUGUAAAUAAUCCCAUUAGCGAGAAAGCGUGCCUUUGCACUGUGUGUUUGUGUACAGUUCAUAAUAAAGCUAAUCUUUUUUGUAUCAUUGA